AUGCCUCGACGAUUUGUAUCCGUAAGUUAAACUUUAAUUUUCUACUUGUUUACUAUUAAAUGAACACCUUCAGGAUCAUGCUCGUCGAAUUCAAAGAAAGUUCAACGAUGUCAGCGCACACAUAAGAGUAAAGUGAGCAUUUCAUUUCCAAUUAUUUUUUUUACUUUUAUUGCGCUUUAUUAUUUAAUUUAUAUGUCUUAGAUGGAACGACGGAAUUGAUAUGGAUCUGAUGGAAGUUUACAAUGAUGCGCUUAUUGAGACCGUGCAGGAGAUCGAUCACUUGUUUCAUCGACAAACAGGUAUGCAAAACCUCUAAACUUUUUUCUUUCUUUUACGAAAAUUUUAAAAGCAUUAUUCUUAUUUGAUAAAUUUAAAAACGUUACCUGAAAUCAUCAAAAAAAAUUUGUAUUUAGUGAGAGGCAACAAUGAUCCGAGAAUUGAUUUGCCGAUAGUGAACAACGUAUGUUUCUUUUUAUUAUAAAAAGUGUAUACAUACUCAAUUAACAAAUUACUAUUGUAUUUAGCGGUCCUCAACGUUGCAAAUCAUACUUCGGCUGGGACGACAAAUCGACGGCCUAUGCGUUCUCGCCGAUCUUGCUCAAUUAGGUAUUUUUGUAUAUAUUUUUAUAAUGUUUUUAUUUAUAUUUUAUUAAUUUUGCAUUAUAGGGCCCGGAGCAAAUGGUGACGAAAUCAGACUCUUGUCUCGAGGAGAAGAACGUUUGGAUUGGCUCUACGAAACUGUGUCGCCAGAAGCUUCGCUUCGAGGAUCAGAAACGGACUCUAACUGA